AUGGAAGACUGGAUGGCAGCGUUAAAAGUCACAGCCAGCAGAGAUAUUUUAAAUCAGCCGAUUGGUGUGGAUUUAAAUGAUUUUCUGUCUGGAAAUCAUUCGUGGCAUACUACAUCUCAUGCACGUCCAACAUAUUGCAAUAUCUGCCGAGAACAGCUAUCAGGUGUCACAUCUCAUGGAUAUAGUUGUGAGGUAUGUAAAUGUAAAGUACAUAAAAGAUGUGUGGACAAGGCGAUCAGUAACUGCAAGUGGACUACAUUGGCUAGCGUUGGAAAAGACAUAAUUGAAGAUAAACAAGGGAAUAUUUUAAUGAUACACCAAUGGAUGGAAGGAAAUUUACCUGUUUCAUCCAAAUGCGCUGUCUGUGAUAAAACAUGUGGAUCUGUCUUAAGGCUCCAAGACUGGAGAUGUCUAUGGUGCAGAGCAACAGUACACACUGCAUGCCGCCCUAAGCAUACAAUUAAAUGCCCAUUGGGGUCUAAUAGAUUAAGUGUUGUGCCUCCCACAGCUAUACAUUCUGUCGCUAGUGAUGAUUCCUUAGAAGCAAUCCAACCCCAUGGAUGUUCCCCAUUAUUAGUAUUUGUCAAUUCUAAGUCCGGUGACAAUCAAGGUAUAAAAUUUCUCAGACGAUUCAAACAAAUAUUGAAUCCAGCACAAGUAUUUGACCUCAUUGGUAACGGCCCUGGACCUGGGUUAAGAUUAUUUAGACAUUUCAAUCCGUUCAGAGUGUUAGUAUGUAGUGGUGAUGGUUCUGUUGGCUGGGUACUUUCUGAAAUUGAUAGGCUUAAUAUGCAGGUGCAGUGUCACGUUGGUGUACUACCUUUGGGCACUGGUAAUGACUUAGCAAGGGUAUUAGGUUGGGGCGCAUCUUGUGACGAUGAUGCCCAUUUGCCACAAAUAAUGGACAAAUACGAACGAGCCAGUACUAAGAUACUUGACAGAUGGAGUAUAAUGGUAUAUGAACGUAGCAUUGAUGUAGGUAGUGGCACAAAACUAACAAUGAAUUCUGGGGUACAAGAGGGUAUUAGUUUAGAAUCAGCCAUAUCUACAUACUACAAUUAUAUUAUGACUAAUUUGAACAUUAUUUUGCAAACUCAUGAACACGAAACAAUUGUUAACACAGCCAAAGUGUUAUGUGGUACUGUCAAAGAUUUUAUUGUAUGCAUAUCAGAAAUUAACAAUGUUAUUGACAAUACUGAAUUCAAUGAAAUGCGCCAAGAUUUAAAGUAUAAAUUAGACACACUUUUAAAACUUCUUCAAAAAGAAGAGUUCAAAAUAACAUAUCAGACCAAAAAUGAAAUAGUACAUAAUAAUGAUUUAAAUGAAGAAAACAUGCACAUUAAUAUUAAUAAAAUAAUAAAUAACAAUGUAAAAGAUUCCGAAAGUAAAGCCAUAAAAAAAGUCUAUAAAAAGCAAUUACUUGAAAGAGCUAAUAGCCUUGAAAAAUCAGUUACAAAAUUAAUUGAACAUUCUGGCAAGGCAGCUUUUCCUUCUACUAUUGUGACUCCACUGGCCAUGUCAGAACUGCUAUCACCAAGCAUCGAUAAUAAUCUGAACCUUCAACAGCUAACUCCUACAUCUAUUGCCAAUCCUAUAUCUAUUUCUCCUAUACCAAUGUUAAGAAGAGAAUCAUCGUCUUCAACAGAAUUAAAUAUUGAAUCUUUACCGGUACCUGUAGAAUUUUCCGAUUCCCGUCAGGAAAUAGUUUUGGAUGAUCAAAAUGCUGUGAUGUCUGAAGAAGAUACGAGUACAUAUCAAACUUCACAGUAUGAUGAUUUGAAUAGUUAUUGUCAAAUAUACGAAACUGAUAAAUUAAAAAAUGAGUGCAAAGAUCAAAUUAGUGAACCACUAAAAACAUAUCCUGCAUUUAAAAUAAGUGAAGAAGAAUCUUUAGGAAAUAUUUGUCAUAUUGAUUCAUCUGAAGCAUCAGAUGAAAUACCAGAUAGUUAUAAAAUGUGUGAUAAUAAAUGCCCAGCCUCUUCGUCUCGUUACAGUUUUCGCCAAGCUUGUCAAAGCCAAUUUUCACGUCAUCGACCUAAAUUGAAUUUUGGUGUAAAUGAAUGUAUGGAGUCUGAUGUAGAUGUAUCAAAUUUAAUAUCCUCAUCCCCGGACGAUGAAGAAAGUGAAGACUUUCGUAAAGAGCUUAUAGUUGUAGAAAAUAGUUCUAAGAAGUGUAGUAUUGCACAUUUUAUUGAAGGAAAUGAUAUUGCUCGAAGAUCAAUUAAAUGCCGUCAUCUUAAUAAAACAUAUAGUGAUAUGGAAACUGACAUUGAAUUUGGAUUUAAAAAUAUAACCAAGGAAUCAGAAAAAUGUGCUGUCAAUAAGGGUUUAGAAGUACCAAAUGAAUCAAAAUUAGUUACAGAUAAAAAUGAAAUAAAUGUCAGAAUUCAAGGUUCUAACGGUAAUAUAAGUACAAAUGGUGAUAAUUCAUUCCUGCUUCAAGAUCCUAAACCAACAAGUGAUGUUUUUGAAGCGGAUGAUGAUGAUGAUGAUGAUGAUGAUGAUGAAUUACAUAGUUUCAAAGGAUUAAAAAGAAGUCAAACAAUGACUGGUCCAGCUGUGGUCAUAAAUCCACCUUCUCCCCAGAAUUUCUCACCUAAUAAAUUGUGCGAUGUGGAAGAAUCACAUCUGGACUGUAGAAGAAAUAGUUUUGACAGUUGUCGGAGACUUUCUGCAGCAUCGCCUGUCAUGUUAAAUGCUUCACCUUUGCGAGCUUCACAUAGAAUUUCUAGUAGCACAGCAUUAAAUAAUCGAAAUCAUUCUCCUACACCAUGCUCAGUACAAAAUUAUACAUCACUUAAACGUAAUAAACAUUUACCAAUCAUCAAUCCAUUGGUUACUUUACCUACUUGGCCUAAUGUAACAGAAUCAAGUUUAAUAAGUCAAGUGUUAUUAGCAAAUGCUGAUGCUCUAUGUGCUCCUGCUGUACCUUUGAUGGACCCCGAUGAAACAUUGUUAGAAGGAUUUUUUGAAAAAUGCAUUAUGAAUAACUAUUUUGGUAUUGGCAUAGAUGCUAAGAUCUCAUUAGAUUUUCAUCAUAAACGAGAAGAACAUCCAGAAAAAUGUAGAUCACGGACUCGAAACUACAUGUGGUAUGGAGUAUUAGGAAGCAAACAGUGGUUACAGAAAACUUAUAAAAAUUUGGAUCAAAGAGUACAACUGGAAUGUGAUGGACAAAGAAUUCCACUUCCUUCAUUGCAAGGAAUUGUAAUACUUAAUAUUCCAAGUUUCAUGGGCGGUACAAAUUUUUGGGGUGGUACUAAAGAAGACCGAGUCUUUUUAGCUCCUAGUAUUGAUGAUAGGAUAUUAGAAGUGGUCGCUGUGUUUGGAACUAUCCAAAUGGCUGCAUCACGUUUAAUAAACUUACAACAUCAUCGCAUUGCCCAAUGUACUACUGUUCAAAUAAAUAUUAUGGGCGAUGAAGGGGUACCAAUACAAGUAGACGGUGAGGCAUGGGUACAGCCUCCGGGAAUGAUUCGUAUAAUUCACAAGAAUAGAAUGAAAAUGCUAUGCAGAAAUAAGGCACUUGAACUGUCAUUAAAAUCGUGGGAAGAAAAACAAAAACAAAUUAAACACCAGAGUAAACGCACUCAUAGCCAAUCACUAUGUAGAUUUACUCCUUUAAGCCACGAUGAAUGGACUAUUCUAAAAGAAUUUUUAGAUGCCACAAAUAACUUAACUGAACUGAUCAGAGAAAUAUUACUGAAACAAAAAUUAUUUAAAGGAGAUGAUUUGAAAAAAUUAACUGAUUCUACUAAUGAUAAUGUUAAAAAAAUCAGUAUUAUUGAACACGAAAUGAAGGAAAAGGAAUUGCGAUCAGUAGCAACUGAUAUUGUAUUAAGCACAAAGCGUUUACAUGAAGAGACACUAACUAUGAUCAGAAAUGCAGGAAAUGUUUUUGAUGGAGAAUUUGUAGUUAAACUUUCAUUGGCAUUCAGCAAACUUGAAAAUGAAUUUAAAAAAUGUCUCAUAUCAUCUAAAGACUCUGAAGGAGAUAAUGAUUUAUCAUCAUGUUAUGUUUAUUUCCUCAACAAUGCUUAUGAAACGGACAAGUUGUGCCGUAAAGGACAGUUUUGGCAAAAGUUAUGGAAAGCUAAUGUAACGUCUUCUAAACGACUUGGUCAAGAUAUAUCCAACUGGAGUACAGUGGAGGUGGGAAUUUGGCUCGAGUCAGUCCAGUUGGGAGAGUACACGGAAGUAUUCGCCAAUAAUGAUAUUCGGGGCAAAGAGUUAUUAAACUUAUCGCGACGUGACUUAAAAGAAAUCGGUAUAACCAAAGUAGGUCACCUAAAACGCAUACUUAUGGCUAUCAAAGAAUUAAGCACAGUCCAUGAAGAUCAUUAA